AUGCAGGCGAUCAAAUAUGGCAUGAGGGAGCCCUCGGUGGACAGCCUCAACGACGGUCGCAGCCGCUACGUUCCCAGCUCGGUCUACAGUGGUGCAGGGCCCGUCGAGGACUCACCGGCUCUUGCCCAGGGCCACAGCUUCAUGUCGGGAGCGCUGAGGGGUCCCUUUGAAGAACAGGAGACACCACCAGCCCGUUUUACGCAGUCAUCCCAGACGGCCCCACGAAAUUCUACCCUUCUAAACAUCAAUGACCCUGUGGCGAUGCAUUUGUUGACCGAGACGGCGAUCAGCGACAGCAGAGAGUUCGAGGUGCUGUCAUUCGAGGAGGUGGAACAACUGAAGAAAGAGCGGAGUUUUUUGCGGGGGAAGGUCGAGACGACGAGACGGAAGUUGGCGCUAGAAAGCAAACUGCGAGAUGCUGCCCAGUCCCUAAAUCGUCUAUAUUCGACCCGCGAGUCCCCUGACGCCUCAUCACCAAAGAAAACGCGGCGCAGUUUACUGGGGGGCAGACGUGGAGGCGACGAGGUGGUGCAUCGUGCGGACGAUGAAUAUGCCGCAAGCAUGAAAAAGGUGGAGGAGCUCUCACGCGAGCUGUUCCACCUGGAGAAAAGGCUUCAAGAAGUCGAUCGGCGCAUCCUUCACCACACGGCUGGCAUCCUGCAAAUGACACACAGAGGGCUGAAGAAGAACAUUCGCAGAAAUGAACUGCCCCGAAGUCCCGAGAGCAUGACCAGUCAGCCGAACGGGCGAGGUUCAGCAAUGGACGCCAGGGACGAUUUCGACGAACGGAGUCUCUACCAAGUUCCAGACUAUGUCACCGACUUCGGACAGAUUCCUCAUGGCAUGAACAAGGGCAGAGCUGGAUCCCGGCCGGUUGAUGGAUUUGUGACCCGCCUGCAAGAAAUAAACCAGCGCCUACAUCUGAUGAUCACCCAAGCGAGCCUGCAAGAGCAUUUUGACCCACCACCUCAACCUUCUGACGAGCACAUGGCUGGAGGCGUUGAUGCACAGAUUCAAGCGUAUCUCGGCUACAUGUCGCAGGGAUUGGACGCAAUGGAAGCUGCUCAAGCUCGCUCCAUUGCAGCUGUUCAGCAAUCGAUCUUUGACACCGAAGAACAACUUGAAGACGUUAAUCUUCGACUACAUGAUAUGCUGGAGAGAACCAACUCCGUGGGCCAUAGCCCUGUGUUGCUGCAAGAUGAACCCCGUGGCAAGGAUCUACACUCGCAGUUGGCUUUCUCUUCUUCUGUCAUCGAGCGAUUGAACAAACGUAUUGAGACCCUCGUCGAACAGAAGGAUAUCUUGACGCGCCAAAUUCAACAGCAACGCGAACUCAACAGCAAGUCCGACGCUCAACGUGAUGCCAAGAUCCACGAAUUGGUGGCCGAAUUGGAAGAGUCCAAACGCUCUCAGACAAAUAGCGAGCAAGAGGCCCAGCAUUCCCGUGAUCAAAUCAACUUACUCAUGGAAGAACUCGACCUUGCGAAGCAACAAAGUGUCCUCUUGGAACAUGAACGAGGUGCCGACGAGAGCAAAGCUCUUGAACUCGAGCGUGCAGCCCGCAAGGAGGUGGAAGAAAAGUUUCUGGCCGAACUACAGUCCAAGCAAGAGGAGCAUAGCCGACUGCAAUCCGAAAUACAGCAGACACGGAUGGACCUGGAAUCUAAGUCCAUGGAAGCAGCUAACCUAGCGACAAGUCACGCUCAAGCACAAGCGGCACAGGAGGAAGUGGUCAACGACCUGCGAAAGCAAGUGGACGCCUUGACUAGUUCAAAGGCUGAAGCAGAGUCGGAACUCUCGAAACUCCGUGCGGAAAUGCAAGAGCUUGAAUCCGAAGUGGUACGGGCACAGACAGAGUUGACCGUGGUCAAGGCUGAGUUAGAUGGUGCUUAUGGAACACGUGCUCAGCGAGCAGCCGAUGUGUCCAUGAAUCCCGCCAUCCAAAAGGAAAUUGACCACUUGAACCUGCGAAACACUGAGCUGGAAAGCCAAGUGAACAACCUGAGAAGGGAACAUGAGGCCAAAGACGCUGUCAGCGUCGAGCUGCAGAACAAGGUCGCCGCUCUGCAGAGAGAGCUGAAAGAGACCAUCGAGGAGUACGAAGUCAUGACGCGACAGAGCAUCGAGGACGAAAAAGAGCGGGAGCGGCUUGAGGAGAAGGUCGACGUAUUGCAGCAGCAAUGCGAAGCGCUCGAAUCACAACUCAACGAAGAGAAGGUGAAAGGACUGGGUGCCAAGGUUUCGUCGCCCACGGAAACGACGUCCACAAUGGUCCUGAAGAAUGAAUUCAAGAAAAUGAUGCGUGAAACUCGAUCAGAGAAUCUCAAGAUCCUCAAGGCCGAGCAAGAAGAACGACGCCGCUUGGAAGGCAUCAUCAAGACCCUGAAGAAAGACCUUCAGCAACGGCACUCUCAGAAGGAACCGCCCUCAACACCAGUCGAAGCGAUGGAAUCCCGCUAA